AUGUCGAAUAAUAGAGAAGCAGUUUUCCCUACUCGUAUGACCUUGGGUCUUAUGAAAGGUAAACUGAAAGGUGCUCAGCAAGGUCACAGUUUGUUGAAGAGAAAAUCUGAGGCCUUGACCAAAAGAUUUAGAGAUAUAACGAAACGUAUUGAUGAUGCUAAAAGAAAAAUGGGUAGAGUUAUGCAAACUGCUGCAUUUUCAUUAGCUGAAGUUACUUAUGCCACUGGUGAUAACAUUGGUUAUCAAGUUCAAGAAUCUGUCAAGAAUGCUAGAUUUAAAGUUAGAGCUAAGCAAGAAAAUGUUAGUGGUGUUUAUUUACCACAGUUUGAAAGUUAUAUUGAAGAAGGUAUCAACGAUUUCAAGUUGACUGGGUUAGGUAGAGGUGGUCAACAAGUUCAAAAGGCUAAAAAUGUUUAUUCCAAAGCUGUUGAGACUCUUGUGGAAUUGGCAUCUUUACAAACUGCUUUUAUAAUCUUGGAUGAAGUUAUCAAAGUUACAAACAGAAGAGUCAAUGCCAUUGAGCAUGUUAUUAUUCCAAGAACUGAAAAUACAAUUGCUUAUAUCAAUAGUGAAUUGGAUGAAUUGGAUAGAGAGGAAUUUUAUAGAUUGAAGAAAGUUCAAGAAAAGAAACAACAAGCCACUGCUAGAGCAGAUGCUGAACUGAAAGCUAAAAGAGAGCAACUAGCCAAGGAUCAAGAAGAAGCACUAGCUAAUGAAGCACCAGAUGCUGAAACACAAGCUGACCCUACACAUGAGGCUGAAGAAGUUGAGAAAUUGGCUGCAGCUCAAGAGGAUGGAGCUGAACCAAGCAGCUUGACACAAGAACAAGAAGACGAUGUCAUUUUCUAG